UCAGGUGAGGUCGCUAGAACUGGAUUCACAGGUUUUGCGUGUGUGUGUGUUUUUUUAAAGAUUGUUGUUCAAAGCUCCUCACAAGGAACUAGGCGAAGGUUCCUUUUAUUUUUUUUCUCUCCCAAGUAACUGGGCGCAACUUUUCAGCCCAUAAACUUCACACACACACACACACACAAAAAGAAGCUGGGAAAGGACGCAAGGAAGUAAGGAAUUUUGAAAGGAGGCUCGCUGUCGUCUACAACCUUCUCCAGCUAGUUUUAAAACGAUACAACAUGAAUCGGUACGGAGCCUUGGACCUGGACUUGGAGUGUGAUGGAGGAGACGUCGCUUCAAAGGCGUCGUUGUUCGGGGGCGUGUUCAAGAAAUCCUCCAAGUCCACAGAGCCAUCAGCCCAAGCGCAGGACAACCUGUCAGUCAGCAGUGAACUGUCAAAGAGCAGCGACAGUCUCAACGACAACACAAAGGAAAAAGGAGGUAUGUUUAAAGGAAUGUUCAAGAAGACUAAAACGCCCAAGGAGGCACAGCCACAGCAGGUGACGCUCUCGCAGCAAAAUCCAGAACUUUCAGCCAGUAACGACAGCUUAGACAGCAAAGCCUCCAAGGACAAAUCAGGUGUGUUGGGCGGCACACGAAAACGACCUCACAAACCGGGACAUGCCCGCAGGCCCUCGCAGGAUCUUCUGGACAUUGAUUUUUCUGCUAGUAACAACAGUGGGACAGAGAGUGCCAAGGAGAGCAACAACAUGUUCAAUGGGUUUUUAAAAAAAUCUCCAAAAAGAGCGCAAUCGCAGGAUGAUUUGUCAGAGAAUGGCGAUCUGUCAGGAAGCAACAACAGCCUCUCUGUGAACAACAGCACGACGAAGGAGGCAGCUAGCAUGUUCAGUGGAAUGUUUAAAAAGUCACCAAAGCCUUUAAAAGAAAAGACUAAAUCUCAGGACAAUUUGACAGUGGACAAUGAACUCUCAGCCAGCAGCGACAGUCUUGUUGAGAAGACAUCAAAGAAUGGCUUCAGUGCCAUGAUGAAGAACGCCUUCUACCCUGACAAGCAGGAAAAGGACAACACAGGCGCUGAUGUGGAGGAGACACUGGACAAUGGACAGAACCAGACCAGCCACAAACAGAACAAACUAGCCGGAGCAAUGACCAAACUGAAUCCAUUUAAAUCUGCAAACAAAGACAUGCAGAGUGACUCCAGUGAUGAGGACACGGCCGUCAGCAGUGACAAGCCAUCCGCUCACAAACAGAACGCCAUGGUGGGAGCCAUUUCCAAACUGAAUCCCUUCCGUCCUGCAAAUAAAGACAACAAGGAUUCGAUGUCUCAACGGAAGGAAGCUCCCAAAGUUCCUCCCCAAAAGCCUUCAGAUGAGGAGAAGUUAGGAGGUUCCAAAGAGAAACCUAAAGUCAAACAGAAUGGCUUCAGUGCCAUGAUGAAGAGUGCCUUCUACUCGGACAAGCAGGAGAAGGACAACGACGCUGACGCUGAUGCUGAUGUUGAGGAGACAUUGGACAAUGGAGAGAACCAGGCCAGCCACAAACAGAGCAAAUUUGCUGGAGCGAUGACUAAGCUGAAUCCAUUUAAAUCUGCAAACAAAGACAAGCAGAGUGACUCGAGUGACGAGGACACGCCCACAGACAAGUCAUCCAGCCACAAACAGGCCAAUAAGGACAUGCAGUCCAGACAGAAAGCCGACAAAGAAGCUCCCAAAGUUACUAACCAGAAGCCCUCCCAGGAGGAGCUGAGGAGCAGAGCCGCCAACACGCGUGUGCUGAAGAAGCAGGAGAACCAGAAGCAGAGCCAAUCAGACGAGGAGAUCCUGAAACACGACGCCGACCACAGAGAGAGGGACGAGGUGGAGAGCAUACCGAGCCAGAAAAAAACAAAGCGCCACAAUCCGUUCAUGCUGCGUGCUCCUGCCAAGCCACCAUCGGAUGACGAAGGGCUGAAAGACAAAGAAGAAGCGAAAGAAGAUCAGUCCAAAGAGGAGAAUAAGGAGGAGGACGAUGCCAGUAACAAACCAGAAGAGGUUAAAGUCAAGAAGCCAAAGAGACACAAUCCCUUCAUGCCACGUGUCAAGGCCAAAGUGGCACAGAGGAAUGAACAAGAUGAAGAGAACGAAGGGGGAAACAGGUGUCUGUUUGAGCGACUGGAGGAGUUUCGCAUCGACCCAUCACAGCCUGAGGACGGACAGGAUAUGGACGGUCUUAUGCAAUGGUGGAACACUGUGGAGUCUUGGGAGGACACGCCUCAGGAUGAGGACAUGACAGAGAAAGAAGAGGCCAAGGCAUUUGCGGUGACAGCGGAGAAGGUGCAGAAGGGCAUCCGCGUCUUCAACAAGCUCUUCUCUGAGCGUGCAGAGAGCCUGUGGCAGCACGUCAUCGACCUGAACGGCAUCGCCGACAGCCUGGACAAGUUCAACAAGAACACCAAGAUCGCCCAAAUCACCGGCGGCUCCACCAGCGCCAUCGGUGGGGUGGCCACGAUUGCCGGCCUGGCCCUGGCACCCGUCACCUUCGGGACCUCCCUGAUUGUGACGGCGGUGGGCCUGGGUGUGGCCACGGCAGGCGGGCUCACCUCAGCGGGGGCCGGCAUCUCCAACCAGGUGAACAACUCCAUGGACCGCAAGAAGGUGGAGAAGAUAGUGGAGGACUAUCAGGAGAAGAUGGUGGACCUCAACAAGUGCCUCAAGUUCAUCAAGCAGGGGAUUGAGAACCUGCGCCGCUUUGACCUCAUCAAGAUGAAGAACAAUGCCUACAACCGCGACUUCCCCGUGCUCAGCACCAGCUUCUACGAGGAUGGCGCCAUGGCGGGCAAAGCCAUCCUCAUCAACGCCAAUGAGAUCAUGCGCGUGGUGCAGAUCGCCAACGUAGCCGGCAGCACGGCAGCCAGAGCGGUUCAGAUUGCUAGCAUGGCCACGGGGGUUCUGACGGGGCUCUUUGUGGGCAUGGACAUCUACUUUGUAGCCAAGGACUCCAAAGAACUGAAAAAGGGCGCCAAGUCAGAGUUUGCCGGCAAGAUCAGGGAGGUGGCCACACAGCUCCACGAGGGCCUGGUUGAACUCAACGCCAUACGGGAGGAGCUGCAGUGUACCACCACGCCACAGGACGACCAAGAGGAUGCCGCCACCUCGGACGAGAAGAAGGAGUACAGCUACGACAGUUCGGAAGAAGAUGAAAUCGACCGCAUUAAAAAAGCCAUCAAGAAGGACCUCGACAAUAGAGAAUACGUGUGAUGGAACACCUUGAAGAUGGCUGACAUCCAUUUAAUGACAUGGUAUCUACAGUACAUGUACCUUCUUUAAACAGAGCAAAAAUACUUAUUAUGCCUCCUAUACCAGAUAGAACUGCUCUAGUUUGUGGAGGAUGAUAUUUGCUUAUUUCCCCACAGUGAACACUUUUACAAUUCCAUAUCUUAUGCUGCAACGUUUUUGUAUCCAAUCUUGUCAGAACAAAAGAAGAACCAGGCUUUAGAAUCCCUGGUCUUUGGGAAUCGACGAAGCGCGCCAAAAAGUCAUAAAAGGUCAACCUUCCUGCUGGGAGCGUUUGCUGCUUACAUGGUAGACCUUAGCAAAGUGACAGUUUUAUGAUCAUAUAUUAGACACUUUUAUUAUUAUAACACUUUCAGAAAUUAGUCAGUGUCAACCUUAUUGAUUCUACAUGAGAUUAACACUAAUUGCUGCUUUAAGAUACUUUUAAGGGCCUUUGUGUUCAUUUUGUUUCCAUAAAAAUUGUGGGUGAGCUCAGGAUUAAUUACCAAUCACAUGCUGGCAAGCAAACAUUAGCAUUGACAUGGAAACACUCACUGGAUGUAAAUAAAUUAAUAAAUAGAUUUCUCUGUAAAAAGCAAUAUUUUUGGAGCACCUUUUCAGCUUAAUGUUGAUCAGUUCAUGUAGCAAGAAUGCUUUGACAUUGUUAGAUAAUAAUAAUACCGGUCCUCCAUGUUGUGUUUAUUUAAUGAACUUCCUAUUUAUUGUAUGUGUCUUCUGGGUGGGGCUAAUACGCUUUUAUGUGCAAUAAACGUGUUGUGAAAUAAAUGCCAAAUUGACAAUAAAGGCUACAGAAUUAGUGUAAUAAUCUGUACCAUUUCUCACUUCCGCCACUACAAAUGUAACCAAUGAUACUGUACAUUCGAACCUUUACAUUUUUUUUAAGUAUUAUAAUAGAUCACUCUGAAAUUUGUUAUACAUUUUCAUACCACAAAUUAAUAAAGCACCUUAAUUUAAUUGAA